AGGACAUCAGCAAGGAUAACAGAGCUCUUGGGAAGCUGAGGAGGGAAAGUGAGCGCGCCAAGAGAGCUCUUAGCGGCCAACACCAAGUCCGUGUCGAGAUUGAAUCACUUUUUGAUGGUGUUGACUUCUCUGAACCACUGACCCGAGCUAGAUUUGAGGAGCUGAAUUAAUGAUUUGUUUAGAAAGACCAUGGGACGUCUUAAGAAGGCUAUGGAAGAUGCCGGUUUGGAGAAGAACCAAAUUGAUGAAAUUGUGCUUGUUGGUGGAAGCACUAGGAUUCCAAAGGUUCAACAGCUUCUUAAGGACUAUUUUGAUGGAAAGGAACCGAACAAAGCUGUGAACCCAGAUGAGGCAGUUGCUUAUGGUGCUUCUGUACAAGGAAGCAUAUUGAGUGGAGAGGGUGGUGAAGAAACUAAAGAUAUCCUUCUCCUGUUACGUGGCUCCACUGACCCUUGGAAUUGA